AUGCAUCUCAGAUUUGCUUCAUUCGAAUUAGCAAAGAUAUUAGAUUGUGUAUCUUUUAUUUGUAUAAAUGUAUACAACAAUAGAUUUAUCAUUAAAACUAUAGUCGAUCAAAUGAAGAAACUUAGAAGUGCAGAAAUAUUUGCACCAGAUUCUACGAGUCCAUCUAGUCGACCUAGAUACUAUCGAUACUCUCAAUUCAAUGAUAUAGGAGGAUUACUUUCAACUAAAGAAUCAAUCAAUCUACUCAAAUACAAGUUUGCACGUGGUGAUACAAGUAAACUGACGUUUGAACCAACACGAGAGUUUUACUGUGCACUAUUUCAUGCUAAAGAUGUAUCAUUGCAACACCAGAUCAUAGACUUUUUGGGUGAUGCUGUCUAUCUAGAAGCAUUCUAUUACAUAAAGUCGGUCAUACCUCAUCACAGUGUAUUCAUUAGACUGUUGGAUUACUAUAGAGAAAAUAAUGUUCGAUUGGCCGAGAAUAUCUUCCCCGAACCAGACAUUCUAGAGGCAAGUCCUAUCAUUCCGAUAGAAGUAUACCAGUCUCUGUUGGGACCGAACAAAUCAUUAUCUUAUUUCUUUCCAUUCCCAGAAUCGUUUGUUAUGGUGGCUAAUCAAGAUCUAAUCAAUCAAGUCAAACUAUCGGAUCCCGAUCAAGCAAAGAGACUAUUUGAAAAGACAACGAUAGAAUCUUUGAUAUACAAAUUCAUGGUCAGUAAUAGCGAGAGUGAUCUUCGAGAUAGUGACAAACUAGGAUAUCUUUCUAGGGUAGUCGAGAAUAUUACUAUUAUCUAUAAAGAUAAUCCUCAUAAUGGUACAUUGAUUGAUCUUGCUCAAAAGAGAACAGAGUAUGGUGGUCUAUUGGAAUCACAGUCAUUGGAAAAGAUUGAUAUGUUGGUGUUGUUGGACUUGGUCGUUAUAUAUGGUUUAUCACAUGUACCAUUAAAUUGGUUUAUGACUACUGUAUUUACACUCGAUGAUAUCAAGUUACUUGGCUUAGUUUUGGAUCAUCCAGUCAUUCAAUCGUACCAAGGAACUCCCAUCUACCAGUACAACAGUCAACUCGUUGGAUUUGAAACAUUUAAACAAAUGACUACCCUUCCAAAGCUGCAAUACACUGGACCACAAGAAAUCUUUACUUGGUCUGCCAAUACACUCGAAAAAGUACGGUACAUGCAUACAGAGAUGGGGUAUCAGUUUGAUGCAUUGUCACUAUCAAUGGUGAGCAUGUGGCACAAUAGAGAUGCAUAUCUCUAUGUUCUCGAUAACAUUGCUAACAAGUCACCUGGAUUCCUCAAUACCUAUGUCCAACUCAUAUUCCGUAGCUUGGAAGGGCAACACGACAAAGAAACAAGCGAGAAGCGAAUUGGUUAUCUUGACCUCCUCGAACAUUUGGCUCAACAGGGGUAUCUGACUGUACCUCCACUGCAUAACCAAACCUCCGAAUUUAUCAAUAUUCUAUUAACCAUCGUUGGCCAAUCAUCUAAACUUGGAAUGAUAGACACACUCCAAGAUAUUAUCGAUACCUAUUGGCCUGUAUUCAAAGUGGACAAGCAUCUUACCUUUCGAAGUCUCAUUCGAUUGGCUGGAAAUGCAACCCAAACUCACCAUUUGAUAGUUAGAUUACUUGAUAAUGUUGCUGGUGAUAUCGACACUUUAGAACUACUAAAGUCACUUGCUGAAGGAGAUAGAGGUGGAGUAGAGACAACACUAUACCUAUUAAACAAACAACUAGUUGGAAAGGAAAUCUUAGAAGAAGAAGUCCGCAUGGUUGAAAUAGUAAAGACACUUGUUAAACAAGGACAUCUCGAAGAGUUUAUCCAAAUGAUGACAUUCCUCCAUCAACACAAGUACAAGCUAGUACUACGUCGAUUGGUCAACAAGAUUGAUAUCAGUGAUGCCUUUGCAACAAGUAGUUUCCGUGAUAAUCCAUUCCACGAUUACUACAUGCGUCUACAUUAUCUAUACAAAGAUGCUGGUCACAGACGCCGAUCCUUUAUCAAUGUAUUCAAGGUCAUCAGUCUAAGGAGAUUAAUGGAAACACGUGUUUCGUUAUCCAAAUAUAUAUUCAUCCAAGAUCUCAUUGACAAGUAUGACCAACGUGCCAACAUCACUGCAAUCCUUCUAAAAUCACCAACUACCUUUGCAAAGAGAUUCGCUGCACAUUAUAAAGCAAUGAAAUCCGUGCAUUCAAAUUAA